GACGCAGGGUUCGUUCCCUCGGACGGACGGCGGAGAUGGCGGUGCUCUCCCAACGCCGACGGUGCUCUGAUAACACAGAGGUCUUCGCUUGCUAAGGCACGCAGAGUUUUCUAUUCCGAUGCGGUGAGAAAUCCGUGCGGCUCACGUUUGGGUGAGAAAAAGGAAGAAUUAAUCCGCGUAGCAGUUGAGGAAAAACGUGGCAGAACCGGAGCGCGGUUUGACACGGCGGUGCCGAGGCCGGAACCGACCUUCCAGCCCCUGAUAAGAGAACUCCUCGAUCGCCCGGCGGCAUCGCGAGACGCACGCGCGAACGUCUCGUCCUCGCCACCGCUGCCGCCGUCGCCGCGAGUCCCCGUCGCGUUUGCUGCUGCUGCUGCUAGCUGCUGCCGGAAGGGAGGGCAAGAUGAUCGAGGUGGUGCUGAACGACCGUCUGGGGAAGAAGGUGCGCGUCAAGUGCAACGAGGACGACACGAUCGGCGACCUGAAGCGGCUGGUGGCGGCGCAGACGGGGACGCGCGCCGACAAGAUCCGGAUCCAGAAGUGGUACACCAUCUACAAGGACCACAUCACCCUCGCCGACUACGAGAUCCACGACGGCAUGGGGCUCGAGCUCUACUACAACUAGUUAACAUGGCAGCGAUCUCCGCGGUCCGGCCUGAACCGAUGGGUGCUCACCGGAUCUUUCUCACAAUAAGUUUUUUUAUGUACGCGAUUCAUGUGAUGUGGUAUAUUCAGGCGUAAAUACAGUUGAAAACUCGAAAGGCAAUGGGUAAAUCUUAAUUUGCUGCUUAAUGGUU